AUGUUGUCGUUCUGUUUGGAAUUUGGAUUGGGACGUUUUGCCUUUUAUGUUGGGACAAUUUGUCCUGUGAGUUGGAGUUUUCUAAAGAGAUGGGAACCAAAGGAUGAGUUUUCAAAUUUUGUUCUGCCACUCCAUUUAUGCGUGGUCUGUUCAGAAAUGGCUUUGCUUAACAAGAAAGCUUCUGAGGGCAUAGCUUUACUCUCAAUCUAUGGUGAUGAGGAUGAUGAGGUGGAUGAUGAAGAACAAACAGCUCAUCCUCAUCUGGCUGAGUUAAAUGAUCAAGUAGAUACUGAUGGUAAUAAUAACCAUGCUGUCAACAAAUCCCCAUCAGCUGAGGAAGAAGAUGCAUUUAUGGCUACUGCAGAAGAGUCAAACUAUGUUGAUCUAUUAAACAAGUUUUUGCCUCCACCGCCAAAAGCCAAAUGCUCAGAUGAACUGCAAGAGAAAAUAAUCGAAUUUCUUGCAUUGAAGAAGCAUAAGGGAAGAAGCUAUAAUGCAGAGGUGUGUAAUCGAAACGUUUACCGAAAUCCAGACUCUUUAAGGCAUGUUGUUACAUAUCAACUCAUUGAUGAGAUGGGAUCUUGUUUCAGCAAGGAUGUCUUCGAUCCCCAUGGGUAUGAAAAAUGUGACUUCUACGAUGAAAUAGAGGCUGAUAUGAAGCAUGAAAUGGUACGAAAAGAGCUAGAAAAGAAGAGAAGCCCAAAAGUAGAUUUCUUCUCUAGAGCAAUGCAAAUAAGAACAGUUGCGAUGCCGAAAAUUAAUCUACCCAUUACAGUACAAAUUAUGCCUGGUGGUGGAUUUAAUUCAAGCUAUGCUGCCAUGGAUCCUGUACCCGGAGAUGGUCGGAGGAACAAGAAGUCCAAGUGGGAUAAGGUGGAUGGUGAUAGAACUGUAUUAGAACUAAAUUUUAUUGGGACUACAAUUGAAUUAAGAUUAAAUGAGGCGACAUCUAUUUUGCUGGCAACUGAAGAAGUUGAAAAAAGCAGUUCUUUUUUGCUCCAAGGGAACAAAGGUGAUGGCGAGGAUGAAGAUGACAAACGAUCAGGCGACAAGAUGCCAGACAGAAGAAGUUGA